CAGCUGGCAGUUAUGGUGUGGCUUUGCAGGCCUCACUCUAGUUGACCAUACUCACAGCCACAACGCCCGAGAAGCGUGCUGUUGGCUCUAAAACUCGAUGGUCUUCACGCAGUGAGAUGCCCUUCUCCUGCAAACGACGACAAAGAUGCAACUGUUAGCGGAUGGUAUGAAUCGCUAGUCGCAUCGCCGCCGAUGAUGGAUUUUUCGCCCAUUCGACGUGCAGAGGGCAACCACCAAUCCUGAGUGUUUCCCUGGUGUCUCGAGGAAGCAGGCGAGAUAAAUGCGAGCGACUUCAUGGAAUGCUACUGACGAAGGUCUAAUCGACCUUGUCUUCGCAUCUGACAGGCAUCUCAAGGAUCUUCUAAAUAGGAAUGGCGAUGCGCCUUUGGGGUGGAGAGGCAAACACACAUACUACCAUCAUUUAGACGUCUCCAUAUUCUGCGACACCAUGGAAAUGCUCGAGGAGCCUACCCCAUAUCGAGAACAGCAAUGCCCUCAAUCGAAACACACGGUGUCAAAUUUAGAAAAGUUGCCUACGAUAAAGCACCUGCCGCCGUUGGGACCUCGUCCUCCGUCAUCAAAAGCGUACACUGUGGAGGAACGAAAUACUGGCCCUCAUCCUGCCGGUCGAUAUGAGUCGGUCGAAAACUUUGAGCCUCCGGACCGGCCUGUUCCACUUUCAACAGAUCAGUCACGAGAUGUGUCUUCGAGCAUCAAAGCUAAUGGUGAGCAUGGGCAAAAGAACGAGCUGGGGCUCACUUCAGAAACACAGUCCUUCAAAUUACUCCACCAGGCCGAUUCCCAUGGCAUCAAGGUUAGCCAAACAAACGGCACAUCUCAGGAUAAACGCAAAGUCCUGAAUGGUUUGCCUAUCUCUGCGGAGGGCACACCACAGCCGCCGCAAUCUGCACCUCUGCCAAGUCCCUCGGUUAUAAAAUCUCUCCGCCAACGACUUACGGGAGUUCUAGGCAGUGCUCGCACAACUCCAGGAGCAAGCCAGAAAAUUAAGCAAUCUGUCACACAGAGACCAUUUCAGGACGGUCUUGUACGGCAGAUCGAAAAGAAUUAUUAUGAGGCUUAUACGGAGGUGGUGCAUAUAUCGCUCGCAGAAAAAUGGGACAAGAGCGUUCAUCCGAAGCUUCAAAAAGCUGUCGAAGCUGUCGUUCGAGGAAUUGGAUUACAACCGCAAGAGAUGUAUGUGAAUUUGGCUUUGUUAAUGGUCGGACCAAAAGUGGGAGAUAUGUUGCAUCUGUUGCCGACCAUAGUCAUUUCUUGCUGUCACAAAACGGCGAAAACGAAAAUCGAGGACCUAGUCGAUUCCAAUCAACUCGAUUAUCUCGGCGAGUUUGCAUGCCCCCACCUAGUGUGUUAUAAAGAACGAGAGCCGAAGCGCAGAGACCGGUUCUUUGCUGACACAGACUCAUGUGAGGAAGUGGAAUCCUCUGGAGACGUCAGCCCAUAUGACUUGUCUUUCGAGAGACAAAGGUAUAUGAGCUUUGGUGUGGAGCAAACCACAGGGCGCAAAUCCGCAUGUGGCUUGCCAGUCCACUUUACCUAUUCGGUUCCGAAUGUGCAUAAUGACGAACUCGAACGUGGAACUUCUGAUCGGGGACGCUGGAUAGCUAGGAUUGGUGGUGUUAUUCAAAUUGGAGGAAAGCCUUUUGCAAUGACGACUGCGCAUCCUUUUCUCUUACAAUCAUCUGGCGAAGGCAGCAAGGCCAGUAUCGGCAGCGACGCGAUAGUUGAUGGAUAUUUGGAUGUGAAAUCCGACGAGCACGGAGACGAGGCAGACUACAAAGCCAACCUGGCCGCGAAAGGCAUACAUAACAAUCCAUCGGUGAGAAUAGGAAGAGGUGCCUUUCGUGGAUAUUUUGCCUUCUGCGGCCAUGGUAGAAGCUUUGAUUGUCAGGACCAGAUUUCACUGAAGGAUUCCAAUUCCGACUGGUGCAUUUUGUCAAUGGAUUCGCUCAGAGGUUUGAUCAACUGCUACCGUGUUGAGGACCUAAAAGGGGAAGCCGUUGAGUUUAAUGUCGAUAAGAUACUAGGCCCUGGAGAAGUGGCGAGACCUGGUGUUGUCCACAUUCUCGACAGCCCUGAGAAGCCCAUGGCGGCCUACAUGACGCAGACUACGGCUUCGAUCUACUUUGGAGGGAACUCUCUGAAUGUUCGCCGAUUAAUUUCCAAGGACCCAUUGUCCGCCGGGCUCUCUGGUUGCUGGGUAGUUAGAGGUCAGCAUCUUUUAGGUCAUAUCAUUGGCGGCAAUGAGUUUGAAAGGACAUUGUACAUGAUUCCAGUUCAAGACACGAAGAAUGCAAUCGAACAGAUCACAGGUGGGAGUCCGUCCCUGGAGUUAACAAGUAAUCUGGUGUCGUCUAAGGAAGUAGUGCACCGCUUCAGAGAUACUCAAACAGUUCAUCGCAAAUCUCCAUUGCAGUCUGGACCAACGACGCACUUUGAGGCCCUCCGGACAGAAUCGUACUACACAAACUUAAAGAAUCCUCAAUCUGAUCAACGUGAAUCUGCACCACGGUCAGUGGGAGGAUCAAGAGCUGGAAAUGUGUCUCUGCAGUCCCCAAUCAGUUCAGAGGCGUUCACGAAACUCUCAGAAAGGUCUGCACCCGAAGACCCCGAACCUUUACCCCAGUCCGGUACGGGUCACAGUAACGUUUGGUACGAAGACCCUGAGAGUGGGGAUACCUACCGAGACCAUAUAAACUCAAAGGGUAGGACCAUUCGCACAUGGCGGAAGUUACCCAAGGAAGCCUCGCGGGCUGAAUCGUCUGCAACACCCCGAGCUCGACGUCAAUCAGUGUUCGACCGCCUUGCCGACGAAUAUACGAGUCGCCGCCAGCGAGAGAAGUCUAGGGGCAGGGAAAGUAGUCGAGGAGAUAGACGACCCUCGUACACGGAGAGUGUUCGACAUCAGUCUUACCAAGAAGACAGCGACAGAUAUGCAGAUGCGCAAGCCGGCACAUACUUCGAUUCCAGCUAUCAAUCUUCUACCAGCUAUCGUCCUCGCCACUUAAGUCCGAGUCCAUUUGAUCCCGGGACAGGAGACUCGUUGGCAGAGAGCUUAGAUGCAUUACAUGUCUCAGGCGGCGGACAAUAUACCCACUCCACAAUAGCAGCUUCUCCCCCAAGAGAUUGGCAGCCUCCAGUAGCGUCUAGUCGCCACGAAGAGACGCCCUUUCUCUUGUCAGAUGUAGACCAUUCUCAGCUGAUUUAUUCGAGCCACGAUUAUUAUAAGGAACAAUCUCCAGCUGCCACACAAUCGCAAGAGCAAGGACUAAAUCGAGUUAUUAAAGGCACUCCCGACCUUGUGGCGAGGGACUCGUCAUACAGGGUUUGGACCAGGGACUAUAAACAAUUCUUUAAAAUUGGUCGGGUGUUUAGUAUCCCGUGGGCGGAUUAUUCAGGCAAGAAUCGACACUUUAUUGUUGUUCGAGAAGGGGAAAGAUUUAUAAGCUGUUUGCCGGUCACGUCAUAUAGCAACAAGGGUAUCGAGAAGAGUGGUAUUCGUCUCGACGAGCAUGGAUUUAUUUACAGCAAAAACAAGCCCGGGAAAGUUGAAGGAAUGUGCUUAAGGCCUCUUAAGCUUAUUCUGACUGCAGGUGCAAGCCAUCUAAGGGAUUCAUCAUUAGUCAAUUAUGGCGAAGUGUAUAAUAUAGAGACGAUUGUGAUGGCCAAGAGUGUUGGCACCUUAGAUGGCGACUCUGCAGCCAUUCUACUUCGCUACUGUCGAAGGAUUUACAGCGGAAUCGAAGAUCCAGGUGGGGCCACGCCCAGAGCAAGCGAAGCAGUCCUGUCUGGGGUUGGGGAGGCACUCAACAGCUAUCCCGCUGCCUUUCCAGCUGCCUCAUAUAUUCCUGCAACUUCCUCAGAAUCCAGAUCCAUCUCAGCUUCCCCCAUGACUGGCUACCCACCAGCAGCAUCGACAAGUUAUUAUGGGCCACCUAGUGACCUUGAGGCGCUUGACGGACGAUCGGCGUACGAUCCCCCCAGUUCGCAGCAUGAACCUUCUCCCUCGGUGUCUUCUUAUCAGCUUGCCUCCAGCUCAUAUGGAAUGGACUCCGCUCUCCAUCCACAAAAUAAGUAGACUCCCCACAAGAAUUCAGACACAAUUCCGGAAAUAUAAUGGAUACAUCUCACCAAUCCUCAAUCUACCAGCCACCGGCAUCGAGUUACCCUCAUACUGGCGGUGGCGCUUACCGCUAUGGGCAGCCGAUUAGUGGAUAUGGCCAACCUUCUGAAGAAUAUUCACCACAGAGUGGAUAUACUGCCCCUCAGUACCUUGAGCCU